CCAGCCCGCCUCCUGGGGACGCUGGGAAGUUUUUAGGCCAUCCAUCCCAGUUAGUACCACCUACAGAGAGGUAUAUAUAGACUAGGUAAUGAGCCCUUUGUUCGACUUCUCGUGGAAUCGACGUUGGUCUUCUACUGUGUUUCUGUUGCUGCUAUCCUGUCCCGUUUGAUCUGAAUCUGGCUCCCAUCUUACCCACCUACCUCAACACCCACCUUCGAGCAAGACGUGCAAUAGCAUCCUAGUCGCCUGGCCUUUCCAUUGAAUGACCUCCUUUACCCUGCUUGCUUGCCGUCACCUACGGACCCAACACACAUUCUGCCUCCUACCAUAUAGCCUCGACCAUGCUCUCCUGUGACCCCCUCGCGCCCGUCAACGGACAAGCGCCCCCGUCCUCCAACAAUAUCUCGAACGGAACUCAAGCUAUCCCUUCGUCUUCGAAUACGGCCUACCUUUCCAUGCCCGUGGUUUCUGGUGAUACCAAGUCCACUGGCGUUGUGUCGACUGCAACUGACCUGAAUGGUCACGGACAGCAUGCCGAACACCAUAUAUGGCUAGUAACAGGCCCUGCUGGCUGUGGGAAGAGCACUGUUGCAGAAUACCUUGCCGAAGCGUUGAGCCUGCCUUAUAUUGAGGGCGAUGAGUUCCACACCCCGGCAAACAUUGAGAAGAUGGGCAAUGGCAUCCCUCUCACGGAUGCUGAUCGCUGGGACUGGUUGGUUGCGCUCCGCGAAGAGUCUAUCCGCAAGCUCGAUGCUGGCUAUGCCGGCGCAGUAGUUACCUGCUCCGCCCUGAAGCGGAAAUACCGGGACGUCAUCCGGGUCGCCCCCUACUUCGUGCCGAACCUUCACCUUCACUUCAUCUAUCUCCACGCCCCCGCGGAAGUCCUCCUUAAGCGGGUGUUUAGCCGUCAGAACCAUUACAUGGGCGCCAACAUGGUGCACAGCCAGCUCGACAUCCUCGAGCCGCCAGCCCCGGACGAGACCGACGUCGUAAGGGUCGACGUGAGCCGAUCGGCCGAGGAGGUGAAGGCAGAUGUGUUGGACAAUGUCCUCAAGGUGAUGGACGCAAAUCGAUCAUAGGGAGGUUAUGUGACGACGGACACCGAAUCGACGGAUCUCAUCGGGCUAAUCUUUCCGCUCCUUCUUAAUCGUCAGGGAAUAGGGGGCUCUUUGGAUCACUUUUGUCAUCUGGAUGCACUUGGGCGCAAAUAUGGAUCUGGGACAUGCAGAGUCAUGGGUGUAAGGGAUGAUUUAUAUGAUAUGGAUAUUGCAUUUGACGGUGGACUUCUGGUUCAGCCCUGUCAGGGCGUUCAAAAGGUUGUCAUAUUCACCUGCCUGUACAGCCUUUGGUGUUGAUGCUCAGGGACGAGCGGCGACGAGAGUCGCGAGAGAGAACGUAAGAGAGAACGUAAACAUAGCAUCCACAGCUACGGACGAUAGCACAAGCAUGGGUUUUCACGUUUCUGGCGCUUACUGUCGAACCUGAGCUCCCUUUCGCAAAUAAAGGUUCUACGUCAUCCGCACUUCCUUCCCA